AAAAUCCAAAAAUGGAGACAAAAAAAUAUUGUAGCCGCCCCGUAUCAAUGAAAUCGCUAGGUCAAAUUUGAGAGGAAAUUAAGGACGAAACCAGGAAUUCAUUUACCUCCUGGAAACCCAGAUUCAGUGUUCUUUUUUUUUAUUAAAAAAUAGAUUCCUCAAUCACAUCGGCUUUCAACUAACAUACUUUCCCUGCUUAGGUGGGCAAAGUCAAGUCUCUAUUUAUUCUUUUUCUAAUCAUUUUCGUCUUUCUCUUUUCCUUUCCCUUUCUUUGACACAACACAAUCUCUGCUCAAUCUCUCCGUUUAAUCCCACCUUUUUUCUAUUUCCUGGGUUAAGGGUUUCCCUAGAGUAUUGCUUUGAUCGAUCACAAUUUUUGCUUCCUUCUUUUUUUUUUUUAACUAGAGUGUCGAAGGGCCUCCCAAGUUGGGGGGUUGAGGAGUUGAGGCAGCCAUGGGAGGCGGUGAUAAUAGUGCUUCUACGGAAGAGAUCAUCCAAAGCAACGCCGGUGAUGGAGUCACCGUCAACAUCAGAUGUUCCAACGGCUCCAAAUUCUCCCUUCAGAUCAACCUGGAUUCCACCGUCGAUUCCUUCAAGGCACUUCUGGCCCGCAGCUGCGAUAUCCCCGCCGAUCAACAGCGUUUAAUUUACAAAGGCCGGAUCUUAAAGGACGAUCAAACCCUUCAAAGCUACGGUUUGGAAGCUGACCACACUGUCCACUUGGUUCGUGCUUUUGCACCCCCACAACCAGCAACAACAACCAAUGCUGCUGGAUCGAUCAGUUCUGGGGCUUCAAACACCACUCAAACAACUACAAGGACUGUUGGAUCAGAUGAAUUUGGGGCACUAGGAGCUGGAGGAGCUGGUCUGGGAGCUUCACUGUUUCCUGGGCUUGGUCUUGGUGGCAGUGCUGGUCUAUUUGGAGCUGGGCUUUCAGAUUUUGAACAAGUUCAACAACAAUUGACUCGGGACCCCAACAUCAUGAGAGAAAUAAUGAACAUCCCUGCUGUUCAGAAUUUAAUGAAUAACCCUGAGGUAAUGCGAAACUUGAUCAUGAACAAUCCUCAAAUGCAAGAUAUCAUAGACCGAAAUCCUGAGCUUGCUCACAUACUUAAUGAUCCAAGUACUCUCCGUCAAACACUUGAAGCUGCAAGAAACCCUGAGCUCAUGCGUGAAAUGAUGCGGAAUACAGACAGAGCAAUGAGCAACAUUGAAUCAUCACCUGAAGGAUUCAACAUGCUUCGCCGUAUGUAUGAAACUGUUCAAGAACCUUUUCUGAAUGCAACCACCAUGGCUGGUAGUACUGGAAAUGAUAGCUCAAACCCAUUUGCAGCCCUCCUGGGAACUCAAGGAGGAAACCAAGCGAGAGAUGGAUCAACUAACCAGUCCACACCCACUCCUGGAACUACUACCAAUUCUCCUGCUCCCAAUACUAAUCCACUUCCAAACCCUUGGUCUUCUGCUGCCACUGGAGGUACCCAAACUACUGCAACAAGGUCAAACCCUAGUGCAGAUGCUAGGCCACAGGCACCCGCUGGGUUAGGUGGUCUAGGUCUUCCAGGGUUUGAAGGCAUGUUUGGUACUAUGCAGGAUUCUAAUUUACUGAAUCAGUUGAUGCAAAAUCCAGCUAUUUCACAAAUGAUGCAAAGCAUCCUCUCCAACCCUCAAUACAUGAACCAGGUUCUUGGUCUUAAUCCUCAACUUCGAAGCAUAUUUGAUUCCAAUUCUCAACUAAGAGAAAUGAUGCAAAACCCUGAAUUUCUUCGUCAGUUGACUUCUCCUGAGACGAUGCAGCAACUAUUGACUUUACAGCAGUCUCUUCUUUCACAACUUAGUCGGCCACAAUCAACCCAGGACCCUGCUCAGGCUGGUGGAGGUGCAGGAAUGCUCAGCAACACAGGGUUGGAGCCACUGAUGACCAUGUUUAGUGGACUUGGGGCUGGCAGCUUGGCUGUUCCUAAUAGAUCUGAUGUAACCCCAGAACAACUAUAUGCCACCCAGUUGUCGCAGCUUCAAGAAAUGGGUUUUAUUGACACUCAAGAGAAUAUUCGAGCAUUAAUGGCCAGUGCAGGGAAUGUUCAUGCUGCUGUGGAGCGGUUAUUGGGAAAUUCUGGUCGGUAGUUUAUUAUCAAAUAUUUAUUUAUGUGGAAAUUUGUGUGUUUGAACAUGAGUUGUAUUCAAGCUCGAGUUAAGAAAGGAAUAAGUUUAGAGUACGAUUACAAUAGAAGGGCUUUGAAUUAACUGGUGUACUCUCUUCCUGGCCUUAAAUGUCUUGUAUAUACUCGAUAUUAAGAUUGGUCAUAUGAAUUGGUUGUUAAAUUUGUGUAGCUCCCAAAUUUAUAUCGAUGGUCCAUUUUCCUUGAAA